UGACAAUUCAUGGCUUAACCUACCUGUCCAUUUGGAUAAGCUUUCUCCACCCUGCUGUUACACCCUCAGAAUUCAUUGACCAGAUGUUGUCAUGACUGGAGAUCUUCCUCCUGUCUCCCAAGGUCAUUCUCACUAACAUUACAAGCUCUUCAAACACUUCCCUGAAGGUGUGGAGUAGGGGAAAGGGUUGAUCCCUCAGGGGAUAAAGCAGCCUUUUGGCAAAAAUAUCAGAUGGAUUUCCCCUGUGUUUCCUACUGCCCACUCUAGGAAGAAUUGAAGCCAGUGAUAAGUAAUGGGUUUAAUACCCAACUUUCAAUCAACCAAGGAAACUAUUUUAAUUGGUUUCACUGAAAGACAUCACAAUCCUCCCAGUGUGAUGAAAUGUGCUUCAAUUGUGCCAUCAGCCAAAAGCCGUGGGAUCCCAUUCUGAAUUCUGCAGAGGAUUCCCAUUUUGUUCAUAGGAUUUCUCUGCUUGGUGAAAGAAAACUGUCACAUUAUUCUUGGGAUUAUGUGUUUCUUGGGAAAUUUGUUUCCUUUUUCAGGAUGUUGUGUCUUUUGAGGAAGUGGCUGUGUAUUUCUCAGAGGAGGAGUGGUCUCAGCUGGAUCCUUCCCAAAAAGCUCUCUAUUGGGAAGUCAUGCUGGAGAAUUCAAGGAAUCUGGUUUACCUGGGCUAUAAUGAGCAAGUGAAUAAGAAUCAUAAGGAACAAUGUCAACUGGUCCAUCCAAAAGAGAAAAACAGGAAUUUUGCCGAUCAGAUGCAAACAAAAAUUGAUGAAACAAACCGAUCACAAAGUGAAAUUAAAAAAAGCUUUCCUUCGGCCAAUCAUCUUCUUAACCAUACAAUCAUUGAUACGGGAGAAAUAUCAUAUAAAUAUAUGGAUUGUGAAAAGAGCUUUAAUAAAUCUGAGCAUCUCAUUUCCCACAAAAAAACACAUUCAGAAGACAAACAAUAUACCUGCAUGGAAUCUGGAAAGACCAUCUAUUGUUAUGACUCUCUUACAAUCCAUCAAAGGAAUCACACAGGAGAGAAACCAUAUCAAUGCAUGGAUUGUGGAAAGACCUUUAAUUGUAGCAUAUAUCUUCAUUCCCACAAGAGGAUCCACACAGGCGAGAAGCCUUAUAAAUGCAUAGAGUGUGGAAAGGCCUUUAAUUGUAGCAGUAAUCUUUAUUCCCACAAAAGGAUCCACACAGGAGAGAAGCCUUAUAAAUGCACGGAGUGUGGAAAGGCCUUUAAUUGUAGCAGUAAUCUUAAUUCCCAUAAGAGGAUCCACACAGGAGAGAAGCCUUAUAAAUGCAUGGAGUGUGGAAAGGCCUUUAAUUGUAACAAUAGUCUUAAUUCCCACAAGAGGAUCCACACAGGAGAGACAAGAUAUCAAUGCAUAGUGUGUGGAAAGAACCUUAGUUGUAGCAGUAGUCUUAAUUCCCACAUGAGGAUCCACACAGGAGAGAAACCAUAUGUAUGUCUUGAAUGUGGAAAGAGUUUUAGUUGGAAUUGUGCUCUCACCUCCCAUAAAAGGAUCCACACAGGAGAGAAGCCAUAUCAAUGUAUGGAAUGUGGAAAGGGCUUUAGGAAGAAUGGUGAUCUUACUUCCCAUAAAAGGAUCCACACAGGAGAGAAGCCAUAUGAAUGCAUGGAGUGUGGAAAGAGCUUUCGAAGAAGAUACACUCUUACUUGCCAUAAAAAGAUCCACAAACAGGAGAAGCCAUAUAAAUGCAUGGAGUGUGGAAAGACCUUUACUCGUAACAGUUAUCUUAAUAGCCACAAGAGGAUCCACACAGGAGAAAAGCCUUAUCAAUGCAUGGAGUGCAGAAAGAGCUUUAGUUGUAAUAGUAGUCUGUCUUGCCACAAGAGAAUCCACACAGGAGAGAAGCCAUAUCUAUGUAUGGAGUGUGGAAAGACCUUUACUUGUAGCAGUACUCUUAAUUCCCACAAGAGGAUCCACACCGGAGAGAAACCAUUUCAAUGCAUGGAGUGUGGAAAGAGCUUUACUCGUAGUAAUGGUCUUAAUUCCCACAAGAGGAUCCACACAGCAGAGAAGCCAUAUCAAUGUAUGUAG